AUGCCUCCCUUGGCGAUCUCUCCGCCGCGCAGCACCCCGGAGCCAGAUAUCAGUUCAAUCCCCCAGGAUGCAGCCACAAUCCCCAACUCGGCCACGCCACAGGCUCUCACAGUUUCAGCUUCUUUUGAGGGGAAGCAGCACCUCCUGAACCUGCUGGCAGUGAACAGCAUCGGGUACGUCCUGCGCUUCCUGAAGAAGCUCUGUCGCAGCCUCCUGUGUGACAACCUCUUCAGCAACCAGCCCCUGCCCCAGCACAGCGCCGUGCCUGAGGGCCCAGAGGGCUGUGGGAACAGGAAGAUGGAGGCAGAAACAGCCACACCUGAGGACUACCUGGUUGAUCCCAGCAACGUGAAGCGGUUCAACCUGGAUCCUGCUGCUCCUGCCUCUGGUUGCACAGGCUCCACCUACACCCCCCGGCAGACCCCUGCAGAUGGACAUUCUGCUGGAGGCUCCUCUUCCUCCUGCAGCCAUCGUCCUGCCCAGACAUCUUCAGGGGGGUCCUCAUCUACUGGCCUGAGGCAUCAGACCUCCAGCCCAACGAUGAACGGGAGCUGUCUGGAAGGAAACAGAAGUGCCUCAAGUCCUUCAUCAGAACAAGAAGCAGCAGCUCAGCCAUCGAGCAAGAAUCCUUUGACCUGGACAGUGGAGGACGUGGUGUGGUUUGUGAAAGAUGCAGACCCUCAUACUUUAGGGCCCCACGUGGAGCUCUUCAGAAAACACGAGAUCGAUGGCAAUGCUUUGUUGCUGCUGAAAAGUGACAUGAUCAUGAAAUACCUGGGGCUGAAACUGGGACCUGCACUGAAACUCUGUUACCACAUUGAUAAGCUCAAGCAAGCCAAGUUUUAA